UCAACUUUCUCGGGGAUCUCAGCUUCACAAAGAUUUAAAAUUUCUGUGAAUCACUAUGUCUUCGGCCCCCUCCUCCCCUCCAGUUCAUCGGUUGGAACAGUAGCUGUCACAGCAAUCUGUCAGUAGCUGUAAAUAUAAUUAUUGGAAGAUUUGAUUGAAAAGAAACAUCCAUGGCCGUCGACAAUAGGCCUCCGGCCAAUCUUGAGGGAAAAUAUGUUGCAACACUGGUCUGCUGGCUUCUUGGCAAUGGCUGCCUUUUCUCGUGGAAUAGUAUGCUGACAAUAGAAGACUACUACGUGUACUUGUUUCCGAAUUACCACGCUCCUCGGGUGCUCACUCUUGUAUACCAGCCAUUUGCUCUUGGAACACUGGCAAUACUGGCUUAUAAUGAGGCAAAAAUUAAUACUAGAAUACGGAACCUCUUUGGUUAUACACUUUUCUUCAUCAGUACUCUGUUGGUGUUAAUUUUGGAUUUAGCAACAUCUGGCAAAGGAGGACUUGGAACCUUUGUCGGUAUUUGUGCCCUAAGUGGUGCUUUUGGAGUUGCAGAUGCUCAUGCAGGUGGAAUGGUCGGAGACCUAUCUUACAUGAGACCAGAGUUCAUUCAGUCUUUUCUUGCUGGAUUAGCAGCAUCAGGCGCAUUAACCUCUGCUUUGAGACUAGUCACAAAAGCUGCAUUCGAGAAUUCUAGGGACGGUCUUCGCAAGGGAGCAAUUUUGUUCUUUGCCAUAUCGACGUUCUUUGAGCUUCUUUGUGUCAUUCUCUAUGCAUUUGCGUUUCCUAAACUACCGAUUGUCAAGUACUACCGUUCAAAAGCAGCCUCUGAAGGAUCGAAAACUGUCACAGCUGACCUCGCUGCUGGUGGCAUCCAGACUUCAACCAUUAAGAGAGAUGAGGAGGACCCAAAACUACUGGAGCGCAAGGGAAACAAGCAACUGUUACGUGAAAACAUUGAUUAUGCACUUGAUAUGUUCCUAAUCUAUGUGCUAACUCUAUCUAUUUUCCCUGGAUUUUUGUCAGAAGAUACUGGAUCACACAGUUUGGGCACCUGGUACGCUCUUGUGUUGAUUGCAAUGUACAACGUGAGUGAUUUGAUUGGAAGAUACAUUCCACUGUCGAAAUUCCUGAAGCUGGAAUCCCGAAAGAUAAUCACGACCGCAAUUCUGAGUCGCUUCUUACUGAUUCCCGCAUUUUAUUUCACUGCAAAGUAUGGUGACCAGGGAUGGAUGAUAAUGUUAACCUCCUUCUUGGGGCUAUCCAAUGGGUACCUCACUGUCUGUGUCCUCACUGCUGCACCAAAAGGUUACAAGGGACCGGAACAAAAUGCCUUGGGGAAUAUAUUGGUGCUGUUUCUUCUUGCAGGUAUUUUUGCAGGAGUCACGCUUGAUUGGUUGUGGUUGAUAGGGAAGGGCUGGUGAGAUUUCAAUCCAGCCAUUCUCUGUAAUCAACUGGGGAAAAAUGCUCCCUGUGUUUAUACUCUUGCCUGUCUAAUUAUUUGUUUCUUAUUCGGGUGGUUAAAAUGUUCUUCUGCUUCAUUCUUCCAGCGGGACAAUCUAUCAAGUUAUAGAACACUCUAGGAGCCAAAAGAUGUCUCUCUUUGCAUGCAACGAAUAAUGUAUAUCAAAUUAAAUUCUUGUAAUGGAAUGAUUCUGUGCCUUUUCUUCUAAAGCUGUGAUGAAGCAAGUCUUAUAUCUAA